ACAGAACUAGUUCGUAGCUCGAUGUCGUUCUGGUGGAAUCUCUGUAUAAGUUUUUAUUAAAAAUUGUCACAAUCAACUUGUGAAGAGCCUAAGCAAUCCUUAGUGAUGUAAUAAAAUCGUGAAUUAAUCGUGCUUUAUUGUUUUUCUUUGUGAAAACUGCUAGUAACAUAUAGCUACAGAUUGGUCCGGGCUGCAAAUCAUGUCAUCAGUGGGCCAGCUGGUCCCACAGGUGACGCGCGCUCCUCCCAACAUGACCAUCAAAUUCAACGGCCCUCACAUUGAGGGGUCAUUUUGCACUUCAAUUGAUUACAAUUAUGAUCCUGUCAUCAGUGUUAUUUGUGCAAUGUACAUAGCUUUUGGGAUCGUAUACACAUUAUUUGGUUACAGAUGCUUCAAAGCUAGCAUGUUUCUCACUGGUUUCACAUUUGGAUCAGCUAUUGUGUACCUAAUAUGCCUCCAAGAGUACUUGAUGCCACCUUACGGCAACGUUGGUGUGGCCCUCUGUGCUGGAUUGCUUUUUGGACUCAUCACAAUGCUGAUCCAGUAUGUUGGACUAUUCAUGACUGGUUUCCAUACUGGCCUUCUCCUAGCUAUAGCUGGGCUGGCCAUUUAUGAUCAUUUCCUGGACAGCAGACCUACUACGUACUGGUUAUGCGUAGUGGUAUUGCUUACUUCAGGGAUCUUCUUUGCUGUCAUCAACUUGUACUGGAAGAAAGUUCUAACCAUUUUCGGCACGAGCGUGUACGGCGGUGCAGUCAUCGCGACGUCUCUGGACUACUUCUUCGAAAGAAUGAUGAUGCUUAAAUGGUUAUGGGAGCGCGCGAAGCUUGAGCCAGCCGUGGCGCCGCCGUGCCGGCUGUCGUGGCUGACGCUGGCGGCUUGGCCCGCGGCCGCCAUCGUGGGGCUCACGGCGCAGUGCGCGCUCACCGCCACCGGCAUCUACCACGAGCAGAGUAUAAGCGCCCAGAAGCGGCGGCUGAAGGCGCAGCAGUCGCGGCCGGUCACGCGCGAGCAGCGCGCCGAGAUGAAGCAGCGCAAGUACCGGUACUUGUACCAGGUGCGCACGGCGCACGGGGACGUGAUAUCGCAGUCUUCUCUACUCUUCUCCACUCCUACUCCUCUCCACUUCUCUCCUACUCUCAUCUUCUACUCUCCUCUACCCCCCUCUCCUACUCUCCUUUCCUCUUCUCUCCUCUUCUCCGCUCCUUUUCUACUCUCCUCUCCUAUUCUCCUCUCCUUCUACUAUUUUCUCCUCUCCCCUCCUUUCCUAUUCUCGUAA